AAAACCCAUACUUGUCAAAAUCAGUUGCAGGUAACAUUGAAUUAGUAUAAUCUUGAUGGGAUGAAUCACGAAUCGAAUCGUAUCAAUCACAGUAAAAUUGAGUGUAAAAUUCUGGCUCUCUUUAUUCUUCGGUUCCCAAAGUCAAAACAAACAGUUUCUGAUCUCUGCACUUCAAUCCAAUAGAUCAACAUGGCUUCAAAAACCGGUGCAAUUAUCGUGGUCAUGGGUGUCAGCGGGGCUGGAAAAUCCACAAUAGGUCGGAGGCUGGAAAAAGAGAUGAAAUAUAAGUACCUUGAUGCAGAUGAUUUUCACUCUGAAUCAAACAAAGAAAAGAUGCGUAUGGGAACCCCACUUACAGAUGAAGACCGAAAGCCAUGGCUUGAAUCACUACGUGAUACCAUAAAAGAAUACUUAAAUAACAAAAAGGGUCUGAUUCUUGGUUGUUCUGCUUUGAAGAUUGAAUAUAGAGAAAUGCUUAGAUCAGGUGACCCUGGUUAUAAAUUGGGGAGUUAUGCAAGUGCUGUUAGUUUUGUUCUGUUGGAUGCUCGUGCUGAUGUUCGUGUGAAUAAGAGAGCGGCAGAAGGAAAACAUUAUAUGCCUGCAUCUCUUCUGCAAUCUCAGUUAGAUUUGCUUAAGAUUGAUGACGCUGAAGGAGUGCUAAGAGUUGAUGCUACUUUGAGACCCCAAGCCAUUGUCACCACCAUUCUGAACAUGCACCAGUUUCAGGGCUAUUUAUAAUCAUGAUUUUGUUGAUCAUUAGUAAAUUGGGAUCAUUGCUUCAGGUUUCAGAUAUUGUUGUACAAGUAAGAGGAAGACUAUGAAUAUGCAAAGAGGGGAAGAAAAUGGAGCAGAACAUGAUAUACAAAAGAUCAAAACAUAAACAUACUGUGAAUAUGAAUUUUUAUCAUUCCUUGGAUUGAUUAAUGUCAUUCUAUUUCUUUUUCACCAUAAUUUGUAUAUAUAGAAAGAUGCAAAGUUAAAUUGGCCAUUGAUUUUCUAACUGA